AACAUCCAGGUUAGGUUAAUUUAAGACUCUAAAUGGCCCAUAGGUAUGAAUGUGGGUGCGAAUGGUUGUUUAUUAUUAAGUUAUUGUAAAUAAAAAAGCUGUAAAAAUAGAAUGUUGGAAAGUUUCACAUUUUAUACAAAAUUACCAUGCCAGUGUGCUUUGUCAUGGUGACAUUGUUGAUGUACAUUAUUUAUCAUAGGCGAGUUGCUUUCAGGAGGCGCAAGGAACUUGUGUGGUUCCUAGUUCCAAAUCAAAAAAAAUUUACUGUAUGAAAAAUAGCAUCUUGCACUCCAGGCUUGUGUUUUGUAGAGGGUUAAUAAUGAAAAAAUAAAUACACAAGUUUAUCAAGAUAUUUUUCAGAAGAACUUGAGGCAAUCUGUCCAACAGCUGAAACUCAAAAGAGGAUGGGUUUUGCGACAGGGCAAUCAUCAGACACAGAAGCAAAUCAGCAACAGAAUGGCUUCAGAAGCAGAAAUUACGUGUUCUGCAGUAGCCUAGUCAGUCCAACCCAAUUGAGAUGCGAUGGCAUGACCUCGAGAGCUAUUCAUACCAGACAUCCCAGGAAUUUUGCUUAUUGUAACAGUUUUUUAAAGAGGAAUUGUUCAAAAUUAAUCCUGAUCAUUGUGCACAUUUGAUCUGCAACUACAGGAAAUGUUUAAAUGCAAGGGGUCACUUACUUUUUCCUCGUCCUGUGAAUGUUUACGUUAUGCUCUAUUUCAUAUAAUUAUGAAAACGUAGGGUUUGUGUAGUGUUACUUGAAGCAGACUCUGUUUAUUCUUAUUUAGAUGAAGAUCAGACUUCAUUUUAUGACCAAGUUAUGCAGAAAUUUAACAAAUUCCAAAGGCUUUACAUACUUUUUCCUUGGCCGUAUAUACUGUAUGUAGAUACAGUCUACAGGAACCUUGAAAAGAGCACAUGAAUGUGGGUGAGGUCUGUGUACAAUUCACAUUCAGAUUUACAUGUACUACCUUUGGUGUAUGCUUUUGAAAACCCCGUGGUCCCCUGACAGGGCUAAAACCUGUCCCAACAUAGUCUUUCAUGGAGCCUCAAGGUUUUGUCAGCAAAGGGUGUGUUGAAAACAUGUCGGCUGUAAUUUAUGCAAACACAAACCUAUACGUGUACAUACUUGAGACAAAAAUAUGCUCAAAGUAUGCUCGCCAUGUAACAAGUGUCUCACUCUUGACCCUGACGAUGAUGAUUAUAGUAACUCAAUUGGGUUUACCGUGCAAAGAUGUAUUGAUGGCUAGGUCAUCCUAAUGCCUGUUUGUGAUAUUUAAAAAACAUAUUUAGAAACAUUAACAUAAUGUCUAGAAAAUCCAUUUUCCAGUGUCAUUUAACUUUCCCAGAUAACCAUAUAGAGUUUGACCCGUCUGAGCUUUCAUGUUUACGCAUGAUUUAGUGUGUAUGGAAAUGCAACAAUAAUCCACUGGCUCUGCCUCAGAAAAGCCUAAAUACUGUACAGUGAUACCUUGACUUACGAGUUGAAUUUGUUCCAUGACCACGCUUGUAACUCAGGAACUCAUAUCUCAAAUCAACUCUCCCCUUUGAAAUAAAUGGAAAUGCCAUUAAUCCUUUCAAAACCCCUUUAAAACACCACCAUUUUUGUUUACAUUUUUAAUAAAGUAAAAUAGCACUGUAUUGUAAAGUAUACGUUUUAAAACAUGAUAAAAGAGAAUGUAAAGAAAUAAACGUGUUUUUUGAAGUGUAGGAAAGGUACACAGACACUGUAAUAUAUUUGUGUGUUGUGCCUUUAAAUGGCUGUCUCCCCACCAUGCACGGUAGAGCUCUGCUCUGCAGGUCCCAAAAAUUUGUCUGUGAAACUAUUUUUUUUGUGUAAACCAUCGUAAUUGCUCUAUUUUGUUUAAUUCACUGCACUCUAUUUCGUUUAAUUCACUGCAGUGGUGGAGGGUCUAAAGAGCUCUUGUAACGCAAGUUGUUGCUCAUAAGGCAAUGCAAAAAAAUCAUUUGAGCGACAUUUUGUAUCUUAAAAAAAUUGGAGCACUUGUUAAGUCAAGGCACUACUGACAGAGACAUCGCCGUGAUUGUCAUGACUGAUGAGUUGCGGUGACUUGGCAACUCAGGAAAUUUUUGUUGCACUGUCACCAGGGCGACGUCUCAGGUAAGCCAAUUAGCCCCCGUCACAGAGACGUCACUGAGACGUCCUGGCAACAAGUGUCUUGAUUAUACAGGCCAGCUCAGUCACGUAGUCUCCUUGUCGUGUGGGCUCGCAGUCAUGUGGUCUAGUGCAGUGAUUCUCAAAUGGCGGGUCGGGUUGAGACCCAAAAUUGAAAAAAUUGCAUGUAUUCUUGUUUUGAUUUUUCUGCUAUAGUAGAGAGCCGUACCGACUUCCCACAUGGAACAUAUUGGUACAGGAAGUGUAGCUGCCUCAAACUUUAGAAGUUACGAAAAAUAAAUAAAAUGUUUUGUUUAAAAAUAGCCACUGACAACACGUAUAUAUUUUCAAAAGCUUUUUCAAAUGACUUUGAUGUAGCCUUCUGCCCAAAGUGGGUCGCGACUUUGAAACAAAAGUGGGUCAACCGUCAUCUCGGAGACAUCGCCGAUGUGGAGUCGGAGUCGUGGAUGUCUCUGCGAUGUUUUCUCAGUCUUUUUGGUCUCCAACAGGUCUGGGAGAUGUCCCAGAGACCUUGCGGAGACGUCUCCACUGUUGCAAACAGAAUUAGUUUCCGCGACGUCUUUGAGAUGUCUCCAAGACCUUUUGGAGACAUGAAAAAAAAUCUCCAAAAGGUCGAAGUUCGGCGGAUCGGUGCAGCGUCUGCAUUGAUGCGGACUUUGUAUCGAUCCGUUGUGGUAAAGAAGGAGCUAAGCCGGAAGGCGAAGCUCUCGAUUUACCGGUCGAUCUACGUUCUUACCCUCACCUAUGGUCACGACCCACAGCUCGUGACCAUAGGUGAGGGUGUCCGCAGGGUGUCCGGGCUCUCCCUUAGAGAUAGGGUGAGAAGCUCGGUCAUCCGGGAGGAUCUCAAGAGUAGAGCCACUGUUCCUCCACAUCGAGUGGAGCCAGAUGAGGUGCCAUCUGAUUCAGAUGCCUCCCGGACGGCCUCCCUGGUGAGGUGUUCCGGGCACGUCCCACCGGGAGGAGACCCUGGAGACGAUCCAGGACACGCUGGAGAGACUACAUCCUUCGGCUGGCCUGGGAACGCCUCAGGAUCCCCCCGGAAGAGCUGGAUGAAGUGGCUGGGGAGAGGGAAGUCAGGGCGUCCCUGCUAAAGCUACUGCCCCCGCGACCCGACCUCGGAUAAGUGGUAGAAAAUGGAUGGAUGAGAUGGAUGGAGGUCGAAGUUCGAUUUCAGCGCGACUCAUUGGGAACAGGACUAGUCUCAAGUAGAUUCCAGGAGACGUCAUGGAGACAUCUCCGCAACCAGCGGAGCCUCAAGUUCCCAUUAGGUCGCCAACUCGUUUCGAGGCCAGUGAGAUCUAAUUUGUCUAAUUUGCUUUAUGUUAGUUGAUGUGAAUUUUUGUAUGAGGUGAUUAAGGUAAAGUAUUGCUUAAAACAUUUUGGUCGUAAAGGGUUUUUAGAAAAUUUACUUAACCUGACAGAAAUACGUUCCUGACCAAUUUGUUCUUGCUAAUAAUUGAACAGUGAUUUGAGAGAACAAUUUUAGAGGCUCUCUGAAACACACACACACACCAACACACACUCACGCACAAACACAUUCACACACACACAAGCUAGCCCAUCACCCACAAAGUCACUCCAUGUGUGCUGGUGUGUGUAGCAUCAUGAGGGAGAAACAUGGAUUGUUUGGGUAAUGGUUGAGAGUAGGGACUGCAGCUAACGAUUUUUUUGAUAAUCAAUUAAUCUGUCAAUUAUUUUAUCAAUUGAUCAAUGCAUUGGAUAAAAAAACUCUUUAUUUUAAAAAAACAACAUUAUUUCAAUUUGAAAGUGCAGAAAAUCCACAAACAAAAACUGAUUAAGAUUCAGUUACUGGUUUGGUCUGAAACAUGUCAGAAAAUGGGCAAAAAUGUUGAUCAUUGUUUUCCAAAGUAAAACCAGAUGUUUGCAAAUGUCUUAUUUUGAUUCAACACAAAUAUAAUCAGUCUGCUUUCAUGGAGGACUGCAGAAAUUGGAGAACAUUUACUGUUAAGAGGCGGAAAUUCCGACGACUUGGACAAUUUUAGGUUUAACAAGGUCUCUAACUGAUUAAUCAAUUAUCCAAAAAAGUUGUCGAUUAAUUUGAUCAUCGACUAGUUGUCACUUAAUCGAUUCAUUGUUGUACUCUUGACAGAAAAAUCAGCAUGGUCAGAGCCUGUAUUUUUUUUUUUAAACACAAUGACAUUUUUUGUAGCCCUCUUGUGUUUGUUCCUGGCGUCCACUUUUUCUUCCUUUUCCUCCUUUACUCACUUAACACACACACACAUACACUCACACACUCCCUCACUCCUCCCCUCUGCUCCUUCACUCCCUGCCUUCCCUUGUCUCAGUCCACAUUUCUGACUGUGAGCAGGGAAUGGCUAACACGAUGGUCUCGGUGCACAGCUCUGAGCUGGGGCCAUUUGGCUGGAACUCUGUCACUAAGCAUCAACUCUUCCUGCAGAAAGUCUCCAAAUUAGGGCCCACUGUAAGGCCGCCGGGGAAAAGCAUUCGAGUGGAUAAAGGACUAGUUCCACCUCCAGGGACUGGACCUCCAGGACCAGAGGGCCCCAGGCCCCGGCAAAGCCAGAUUAAUGGACCUAUGUUGAAAGAAGUUGGACAGAGUGCUGCAGAUGGAUCUCCAAUGAGAGUGAAAAACAUUCAAAGUCAGAGCAAUGGUGUCCCCAGACCCCGCCUCACAUUAGAGCAGCCGGCUUCACCAAUGGCCCCGAGCUUUUCAAAUUCCAACUCAAAAUCUAGAGCUACUCUCCAACCAGCCUUUGGGCCACCAGUUUUAAAUGCUGCAUCAAAGCUUCCUGUUAAAGGGUUACCCUCAAACCUUAUUGUUUCACCGCUGGGAUGCAAUGAGCACAACGGACCCACAAGCAAAGCUUCUCCAAAAUCUUCAUGUAUUGGUACCAGGUCGGCUGAGAGGGCCAGCAGAGGCAAUCCUCCAGUAGGCAGUCAGAGUGGGAAAAAACCCUUGGGUCCCACUGGUUCCUGCGACACUGUUACCUGUUUUAACAGCACUUCUGUUACUGCUGUUCCAAAGUCUCCUGCAAUGAGAAGCAAAGCUCUGUCACCGCAGUCUCGAACAACAGCCACAGGUCUGAAGAUCCCCUCAGUCAACAACCACAACACGGCCAAGACAGCAACAACUAAUCAAACAGCUAAGACAUCUUCAACUGUCAAUCAGGUGCCAACAAAACAGGCAACCCAUUAUCCAUUGCAAAAGAGCGGCUUGGCAAGGGUCAGUGGACUCAAUGGAACAGUUGACAAAAACAAGCCCCGGGAUGUCCAUGCAAGAUCCACAAACAAUUGCAGCAGUUCUCCAGUUCCAGCACUUACAGCAGGACACAGGCAACAGAGUCCAUCUCGAGCGCUGGUACCGGAUGUGGUGAAUGCCAAUGCGCCAGGGACAACAGUUUCCUCAGUGCCUGUCGCUGUUUCCACCAACACUGGGUCAGGCACCACAGGACCCCCCGCACUCGCGUUCAAAGCAAGACCAGGUUCACGGUCGAGCGCCAAACAUAGAACACGGUUGCAAAAUGGGCCCAAGCCCGGUGCGGUCACAGCUAAACAGAGCCAGAGCAAAGAGCCGACGGAGAAGAACAACCAGGCCGGCCAGCUUUGGAAACUGCUCAUCCAAGCAAAUAAAAAAGUGGAGGCUCUCGCUACCGUCGUUCAACAUCUCUUCAAUGAGCGUGAAGAGACUUUAAAGCAGAAGAAGGACUUGUCACUACAACUGGCAAAACUCAAAAAUGAGCUGGUGGAAUCGUCUCAGUGCUGUGACCGUUUGCACAAGGAGAAGGAAGAGGCACGCAUCAGUUUGGAGGGGGUGUUGAGAAGGCUUGAUGAGCAGCACAAGGUGGAAUUGGUUCAACUGGAGGACAGAUUAAGGCGUUUUUACCAAACGGAGUGGGACAAAGUCCAUCAAACGUACCAGGAGGAGGCUGACAAAUGCCGCAUGUUAAUGGAAAGACAGGUGGAGGAGAUGAGGACCAUACAGGAAGCUGAGAGGAAGACCCAGGAAGCAAGUCAUAGCAAAAUCAUGGAGUCUCUCAGAGAGCAACAUGAGACCUCCCUACAAGAGCUAAAGAGAAUUCAGGAAAUUGAUCUGGAGAAUCUGGACAAAACACUAAAGGAAACAGAAACGACUCUUUCUGACAAAAUAUUCGAGCUGUCAGCUGAGAACGCCAUCCUGAAUGAAAAGCUGAAAGCAGAGGAAGAGAGGCGGAUACUUGCAAACAAGAGUCUGAAGGACUCCCACACUGUGUACCUGGAGCAGGAGCUCGAAAGUUUAAAGGUGGUGCUAGAGAUCAAGAAUAACCAACUCCACCAAAAAGAAAAGAAGCUCAUGGAAAUGGACAAACUGGUGGAGACAAAUGUGAAACUGGAGGAAUGUAUGACAAAGGUUCAACAGGAGAACGAGGACUACAAAGCCAGGAUGGACAAACAUGCUGCUCUCUCAAAGCAGCUGUCCAGCGAGCAGGCCAUACUCCAGCAGACUCUCCAGAAAGAGUCCAAGGUCAACAAGCGUCUGUCAAUGGAGAACGAGGAGCUGCUGUGGAAGCUACACAAUGGCGACCUGCUGGGGAGUCCACGCCGCCUCUCCCCCACCUCUCCCCUCAGCUCGCCACGGAACUCUGCGUCGUUCCCUGCCGCCGCACCUUUAUCUCCUAGAUAGCGCCGUCUUCCCCUCCUCUAAACGUCUUGUUCCAAGCACCACGAAGAUGGACAGUGUUGGAUGGACGAACUUGUACAUUUUGAAAUAUUUGCAGUCAAAGACUGUUGCUUCGAAAACAGAGACAUCGCAGAUGUACAGAUGCACUUCGAUGUGACUACCAAAUGCCAACAAACGUCCUCUUUUUUUUCUCAAGAAAAUCCCAGGCAUAACUCAGGGUCUGUAUAUAGCACCUCUCUUGUGUUAUGGCUAGCUACCUUUUUUUUUUUUCGGUUAUGUACACAUUAAGGAGGAGGCUGGCAAAACUCCAUGGGAUACCUAUGUACUCGGGUCGUGUUCGGGCUGCAAAUCAUAAUCCGUCAUUUACAUUUUUGGGGGAUUGAAAAGGAUUGUUUGCCUUUGUUCUUCUUUUAAAAUGGACAGUUUUCUCCCCAAAGAGCGACGCGCAAUCACCGGUCUGCCUCAGACCUCCGGAAGAAGUAAAUGAACUUCACAUGCGUGUGUGAGCAAACGAGAACUUCUACUCGGUUUGUUCAACUGACCUAAACCCAUAGACUUGAACUUGGACGUUCUUGUUCUGUGUUUGCUCCUUCCAACCUUAGUCUACUAUGUGGAAUGUAAUUCUCCUUGGAUGUUAGGUCUGUGCCGGCCAGAUUAGACCCCACCUUCCAUUUCUAUAAGGAAAAUGCUUGUAACUAUAUCUCCCCCCCCCCCCCCCCCUGUUCCCUAAAAUCCCCAAUGAGUUUAACUAAUUGACACCUGUAAAAUUACCCAAUUGAUUUGGUAGCCGAUCACUCACAUUGUCACAUUUGACUGAGCUUUCCCACAGUGCAAACAUUCAUUUCGAGACACUGGUCUUUUAGUUUGACUUUUUGCUGUUACUCCUCAAAAACUUUAAAUGUACCCACAAUUCCUCAG